AAAUGUUUUACCACGAUUCAUGCCGGUGUCUCACCACCCGGAAAGGGCCCGUCACCCUCCUCCCCGCCAUCCACUCCAGUGGAACCAGAAGAGAGGGCUCAGGGCGAGGAGCUCGCCUCAGGUCACCUGUCGGAGCAGGGCGCCCACCGGACCCCCAGCAGCGUCUGUGCAGCCUGCGGGCAGCACGUGCACCUGGUGCAGCGGUAUCUGGCCGAGGGCAAGCUGUACCACCGGCACUGCUUCCGCUCUCCACGCCUCCCGCCUCUCACACUCGGAGCCGCCCUCGGCCACCCCGUCGCCGGCCCUCAGUGUGGAGAGCCUGUCGUCCGAGGGCGCCAGCCAGCCCGCCGGUGGGGACCUCCUGGAGCCGCCGGUUGUGCCCAAGAGCUCCUCAGAGCCUGCUGUCCACGCUCCGGGCACCCCCGGGACCUCUGCCAGCCUCUCUGCCGGCUCCUCCCUGUCCUCCUCUGGGGAGCUGGCGCAGCCCACCCCGGACCGGACGCCUCAAGCCAGCCCUGGCCUCGCCCCCAAUACGAGGGGCAGCUCGGGUGCCCAGCCAGCCAAGCCCUGCAGUGGCGCUGCCCCCACCCCGCUCUUGUUGGUGGGAGACAAGGUCCCCGUGCCUUUGCCUGGCACCUCCUCCCCGCAGCUCCAGUCUUCCUGCAAGGAGAAUCCUUUUAACCGGAAGGCGUCGCCCACAGCGUCCCCAGCCCCAAAGAAAGCCACCAAAGGACCCAAGCCAGCGAGGCCACCUGCCCCAGGACACGGCUUCCCGCUCAUCAAGCGCAAGGUCCAGGCUGACCAGUACAUCCCCGAGGAGGACAUCCACCGAGAGGUGGACACCAUCGAGCGCCAGCUGGACGCCCUGGAGCUCCGCGGGGUGCUGCUGGAGGAGAAGCUGCGAGGCGGGGUGAAUGAGGGCCGUGAGGACGACAUGCUGGUGGACUGGUUCAAGCUCAUCCACGAGAAGCACCUGCUGGUGCGGCGGGAGUCCGAGCUCAUCUACGUUUUCAAGCAGCAGAACCUGGAGCAGCGCCAGGCCGACGUGGAGUAUGAGGUCAGGUGCCUCCUCAACAAGCCAGAAAAGGACUGGACAGAGGAAGACCGGGACCGGGAGAAGGUGCUGAUGCAGGAGAUGGUGACUCUCAUCGAGCAGCGCGAUGCCAUUGUCAACUGCCUGGAUGAGGACCGGCAGAGGGAGGAAGAGGAAGAUAAGAUAUUGGAAGCCAUGAUUAAGAAGAAAGGGUUCCAGAAGGAGGCUGAAUCCGAGAGCAGCAAGAAGGGGAAGUUCAAGAAGGUGAAGGUGCUGAAGCUGCUGGGAAAUAAGCGUGACGCCAAGAGCAAGUCCCCCGGGGACAAGAGCUGACAGCGAGGGGCCUUCCACCCUGUGGCUCAGCCUGUCCGGGCUGGUUCCUGUGACUCCGAUGCUGUGUCAGACCCAAGG